UCCACGAAGGCAGCACAUCAACAGAGGGACUACUGACUGUUACGGCUUGACACUUAGCUUGAGCUGACAAGCUAGCAGCAGCCGCGUCGUUCUCAUAACUAUCCUCUCAAAAUGUCGGCCAACGCUCCAGAAGGCUCUGGCGCCGGGUCAAGCAACAAGCGCAUGCAGCAGACCCAGGCCCAGGUGGAUGAGGUGGUGGAUAUCAUGCGCGUUAAUGUGGACAAAGUGCUGGAACGUGACCAAAAGCUGUCUGAACUGGACGACAGAGCAGACGCAUUGCAGGCCGGAGCCUCCCAGUUUGAGACCAGUGCCGCUAAGCUGAAGAGGAAGUACUGGUGGAAGAACAUCAAGAUGUGGGCCAUCCUCAUAGCUGUCAUAGUGAUCAUCAUCAUCAUCAUUAUUAUUUGGUCUACAUCAUCAUAAAACAACGAUGGCGGAGGGAGGAGUGGAGGAAACAAUGAAGAAGAGGAGAGGAGCAACGUUGAUAAAUGAGGAAGAGGUCAAGUGAUUACUGGCUACUGAGCUCCACAAUAUUCUGCCCCUCCCGCAGCGGGGCUUCAUUCCUUGUCCUGGAUUGCCCUGUGUCUCUGUGUGUGUCUCUGUGUGUGUGUGUGUGUGUGUGUGUUUGUGUGUGUGUUUGUGUGUGUUUGUGUGUGUGUACAUACCAGACAUCAGUAGACUUUUAUAUGAGUGGGAUGCCAAAGAAAGCAGAAAGAUACAUACAGAAACAAACCGGUAAAUUGACUCAAACACAACGAAAAAUUACUGAAUAAAAAUAAAUCCCCUUUUGACUGUAUGACAAAGUACUCUCGCGCGCGCACACACACACACACACACACGUAUGUUCCAAACUCAGGACUAGAAUUGAGGAAUAUUGUUGUAAAUUCUCCUACACUUAUAUUUACUUGUUAUGUUUUACUGUAUUAAUAGUCGUGAUUUUGCGUGCCAUGUUAAGAUAAGUGCCUUUGAUUUUUUUUCUUUUUCCAUUUAGACUCUUAACAGUUGUUCUGCAUUAAAAUGUAGAGAUGCCGCUUUCAACUCCAACUGAACAUUUCUGCUUUUCAGCAUACAAUGCCAAUAUUUUAGAUAUAUAUCCUAAUUUUUAAAUAUAAUUGGGUUUGUUGUUUCUCACGUCAUUUACAGUUUUCUGAUGAAUAAUGGAAUUUAGGAUCCAAUUUUAUUUAUGCACAUGGUUGAGUGCUUUUUGAGUUCCCUGUAUAAUACCUCAAACCUAGGGUGGAAUUAAUUGCAAUUUGUUUUGCCCCCCCCAACAACAAAAAACGAGCUGUCAACACGCUGUUGAACCAUUUGAUACUACCUGUCCUUGUCGCCCUCUUCAGCGGUUUUCACACAUGAACUGACUUUGUCUUUCACAAAUGAAGAACACAGCAGAAGAUUGUGCGGGUCAGACACAUUCAAAACAACUGGCAAACUUCAAAUGCGUUCAGGCGAGGGGCUGGCCCCUAGGUAGAGCAUGCACAAGGCAUGACAUGAUGUAUACAUUUUACUGUGGAGGGUCUUCUAUGUGAAUGUCACCUCCUAUUCAUCCCGACAUAUUUGUACUAUUAUUUUUUUCCCCCAGUUUUUUCAGUUGCAGGUUAGAAAUGUUAUUUACAUGUCCUCCUCCUCACUCUGAAUCUUCGGCACAUUUACCUGCUGUACUCUAACAAGGGCUCAGUCGGACAUUCUCUGGAGUUUUUAAUUGGGAACUGGCAGGAAAAGUUCAGCAAAGAGUCCAGAAACAACUGAUUCUGACAUUUGCGUCCUCACAUCCAUCCCCUCUAGAUAAUUUCAGGAGAAUGUCCAGAGUUCAGUGCAUGUCUGAAAGCAGCAUUUGAGAGAGAACUACUUUACAUUAUAAGCUAGCAUGAGCUUGCCUUAAGACCAUGUGCCUUUAUGCUAAGACAACAACCUCACAGCCAGACAAAGGCCAGAUACACUGCCAUACAGAUCUUUGAAAAGUGGGUGCUCUCCAAGAUGUGCCAGAAAGUUUUUCUUCGUAUAAUCAAGCACAGUAAGGAGCAUGUAGUUUCAGACGGACGCCUUAAUCAGUUUCUCCACUGGACAACAGCCAACACUACAGCCAUACCUUAUUGACUGUACUUAUCUGUCAGUCAAGGAGUGUAGGACCUUCUGAAUGCUCUGACUGUCCUAACAAAUACUGUGCUAGUUUGCAUCAAUCAGCUUGGCUUAUUAAACUUUAAUCAGUCAGGCAUUUAUCCCUCCCCAUCAAUACAGAACACUCCCUAUGUUUGAUAGUUUAGGUUUAUUAUCCAUAGUGUUUUGUGCCAACUCAUUAUAUAGAACUUAUCUUGAUGCUCACCUCACUCUCAAGCAUCAUGGGUGUUAAAAAGAAGUUCAUCACUGGACGAUCACUUUUCCUGCUUCCAUCUUUUUGAGAACUGUGCUUUAAUGAGACAAACUAUUUUGGAUUACUUUGUACAUGGUAUUUCAUCCUAGUAUAACUGCUGAUGUUGGACUUUUCAGUAGUUUUUAAUACAUCAGUAAGUCGUAGUGCUUGCAUGAUGCAAGACAUAUGAAAUUCUCAUCAUCCUCUUUUGUUUUCACCAGAAAUUUGAGGCAGAGUUAUGUCCUGAAUAAUUGCAAUUCUACUUGUUGACCCAGAAUGCCUUUUGCUUGAAUAAAAUAGAGUUAACUUAAAUCACAA